UUAUGCGCUAUUGAUCCUCGCUGAACCGAGUAAAUUUUGUUCCCGAACUGUCAUUACGUGUCAUAUUCACUCUGCACCUGUAUUGGCAGAAUUGAAAUACGUAACUAAACCGUAACUUUCCUGCAACCAUUAAAAGAAACUCUUACAUGCCUCAAAUAAACUCAAGAAUAUGACAAAGUCGCGUGUAAAUUUUUCACCCGGUGUUGAUUGUCACCAAUCUGCGUACAAUCUGGAUUCACGAUUGCUUGAUUUGACUUUGCACAACAUAGAAAAUAUCAACAAUCUUAUUGAUGAAAUGGGGAACACACUUGCGACGUUGAUAGUUAAACGAGUUCAUGAAUGCGCAUGUAACUCAUGCAUUCGGAAGGGCGUAAAUUGUUUACAAGUUUUAGCAAAUCAUGGGGCAGACUUUGAAGAAAAAGAGAGUAGAGGACACACACCAUUAUAUUUGGCUGUUAAAUAUAAACUGCUGGAUGUUGCACAAGUUUUAAUUGAGAAUGGAGCAUUACUUAAUAAUGGGUGGAAUUUUUAUGGAAUGCCACUUUUGUUUUUUGUGGAAAAAAAUAUUCCAGACAUCUUAUCAACGACCCUGAAUUCGUCAUUUGUAACAACAUCUUACCCUUCAGAGGAUUAUGACAAUGGGGUUCAGAUAAGCUGUGAUAUGUCCAUGUUGUUUCCCAAUGGAUCAAACGAGGGCGUAUUAGUCUCAGAUAACUUAACAAAAAUAACUCCGCUUGCACAGGAAAUUAGUUUGUCUGAAACACAGAAAGAAAAUGUUGGCAGUAUGAAAAACGAAAUGUCUCUGCUCCUCAGUUUGGUCAAUACUCACCAAAAAACAAAGGCAAGAAGGAUGCAUCCAGAUCUCUACAGACACCCUCUCGUACAUAUUUUUAUGGACUUGAAAUGGAAAAAGCUGCAUUGGAUCAAAUUAAUGUCAAUUCUUAUCCAGAUUGGGAUGCUUCUGUCGUACACGGGUUUCAUUGUGUCCAUCAUGUUCUACGACUGCCCUAAUUUGUUUAAAUUUAAUCCGACCGAUUUGACCCGAAACAUUGUUGACAUCGCCAAAAUUAACAUAUCGCACACCACAAGCACCUUCCAAAAUGUGCAUAAUGCGACAUCUGACCUAUAUUGUGAAAUCCAGUUUCUCAGCCGUGGAUUUGCGGUGUACUAUGCCAUAUGCGGAAUGGUUAUGAUGGUGAUUGAAAUGCGAAUCUGUUCAAGUGGGUUCCGCGUGUGGAUGUCCGAGAUGAGCAACCACACCCACAUUAUGAGUCUUGCCAGUGGAUUGUUCUCUAUUCUUAUCAGUUUCAGUACGGCGGUACAUGAAGAGUUUCCAGCAACGUGGAUUUGCAAAGCGGGAUCGGUGGCAUUAACCGGGACAUGGUUGCGAAUAUUUGUUUUGAUGGGAUCGAUAAAUUGGUGGACAAUAUACUACAUAAUGUUCCUCAAAAUUUUAAAGAACUUUCUAUGGUCUUUGCUUAUGUACUCGUUCGUCUUGGGUGGUUUUGCCUUAACGUAUUGCAUUCUAUUUUCAACAGACCACGUUGUAUCAAGCAUUCCACUUGCACUUAUAAAGAUGUUAACCAUGAUGGUGGGGGAAGUGGAGUACAGCUCACUCUUUGACAAGCAAGUGGGCAAUAAUAUUGACUUUAUGGUGUGGGGGCACAUUUGGUACGUCGCUGCUCUCAUUGCUGUCACACUGGUAUUGUCGAACCUUCUUGUGGGAAUUGCAGUAUCAGACAUUCAGGGAUGCUUGCAAUAUGCGGAGAUGGAAACUUUGAUUCGUUGCAUUGUGCAUGCCGCAGAAAUUGAAAGGAUAUUCCUCCUGCUUGCUGACUUGUGUCCUUCGGAAAUGGGGAACUGGAUGGCCAACAAAAUUUCAUUACAUUCCGCAUAUGGAAACAAGUUCGUAUUCAAUACGAAAUAUAAUGAUCCAGUGUACAAGUUGUUGAGCAUAGGAACCAAACACUUAAUUCAAAAGCAUACCGAUAUUCCUGUCAAAAAUCGAAAAAGUGGAUGCAAAUUUGAGAGAAAACGGACAAAAAAUUCUUCAGUCAAUAUAAAAUCUGAUAUUGAAAAUCAAACGGAGACCAACAGAAUUAUGAGCAGAAUGGAACACAAACUUGAUGAAAUGGAGGAUUUUUUAUUGAGAAAACUAGACGACUUUAAAUCUUAAUAUAUAAAGUCAAGUAACCGAUAUAAUAAACUUGAAUACUUGUUGAAAGACAUCAAUGUCUAAGUUCUAUCAUUCAGCUCACCUUUCAGAGCUUAUAUGUACUGAUAUUUAUGAAUGCUAAAUUAA